GAUUCUCACUGCGCAGCCGCAGUAGGUAUCAGCAGCUCCGGUACCGUUACCGACUCAGCGGUCACAAACGGACGCUGUAUCCCCGGUUUAACCGAGCUAAGGCGGAACACGGCGGGACGGACACCAUGGAAGACGCCCCCCGGCAGCUCUGGAGCAGCAGCCGCGGAGAACACAGCUCGCUGGUCGCCACCGGACGGAGAGUUUAGCCGCUGAUCACCGACCGUUCCUCCGCUUCCUCCAUCUUGGCGCCAGUGAUGGAGCACAUCCGGACCCCCAAGGUGGAAAACGUCCGUCUGCUGGACCGGUCGUCGGGCCAGAGGAAGGCCAGCGUCGGGACGCUUUACCUCUCUGCAACACACACCAUCUUUGUAGAGAACAACCCUGAGACACGCAAGGAGACCUGGGUGCUCCACAGCAUGGUGAGCAGCGUGGACCGCCCCCCCUCCACGCCUAGCGGUAGCCAGCUCGUCCUGCGCUGUAAGGACUUCCGGGUCUACCAGAUCCUGGUCCCCCAGGAGAGGGACUGUGUGGACGUCCACGCCUCGCUGGUCCGGCUGUCACGGCCAGAGAAGUACAGCGAGCUCUACUGUCUGUCCUUCAACCCCAGCGUGAACAAAGAGGAGAGGGAGGCGUCCUGGAGCUUCAUCGACCUCAUGGCCGACUACAAGAGGAUGGGAGUUCCUAAUAACCUCUGGGUCUCAACCACCGUCAACAACGAGUACAGGGUGUGUGAUACUUACCCUUCAGAGCUGUUUGUUCCAAAGUCGGCCUCCACCGGCGUCAUCGUGGGCAGCUCCAGGUUCAGGAGUCGAGGACGGUUUCCUGCUCUGUCCUACUUCCACCAAGACACUCUGGCGGCGGUGUGUCGGUGCAGCCAGCCGCUGUCGGGUUUCAGCGGUCGCUGUCAGGAGGACGAGCUGAUGCUGCAGGCGGUGAUGAAGUCCAACCCUGGCAGCGACUACAUCUACGUGGUGGACACCAGACCCAAGGUAACGCAUCGACACACACUCCUCACACACUCAGCCCUCAGCGACACACACUACAAACCGCUGUGUGUGUGUGUGCGUGUGUGUGCGUGUGUGUGUGUGUGUGUGCAGCUGAACGCCAUGGCGAACCGAGCGGCGGGUAAAGGCUACGAGAACGAGGACCACUACACCAACAUCAAGCUGCAGUUCAUCGGCAUCGAGAACAUCCACGUGAUGAGGAGCAGCCAGCAGAAGAUCAUCGACGUGGGCGAGAUGCGAGCUCCGUCCAUGUCGGACUUCCUGUGGGGUCUGGAGAAUUCUGGGUGGCUCAAACACAUUAAGGCUGUGCUGGAUGCUGGAGUCUUCAUAGCCAGGGCGGUGGCCGAUGAAGGCGUCAGUGUUCUGGUCCACUGUUCUGAUGGAUGGGACCGGACUGCCCAGGCCUGCUCCGUGGCCAGUAUCCUGCUGGACCCGUUCUACAGAACCCUCAGAGGAUUCAUGGUGCUGAUAGAGAGAGACUGGGUUUCCUUUGGACACAAGUUCUCUCACAGGUACGCUCACCUGGACGGGGAUCCUAAGGAGGUGUCUCCGGUCAUAGACCAGUUCCUGGAGUGCGUCUGGCAGCUCUCAGAACAGUUUCCGUGUGCCUUCGAGUUCAACGAGCGCUUCCUCAUCACCCUCCACACCUACAUCUACUCCUGCCAGUACGGGAGCUUCAUGGGGAACUGCCAGAAGGAACGCCGGGACCUCAGGCUUCGUGAGCGGAGUCACUCGGUCUGGCCUCAGCUGUGGAAGGACCGAUCGGACUACACCAACCCUCUGUACCAGGCCGAGCAGAGCCAGAGUCAAGGAGUCCUGAAGCCCAACACCUCGCCCUUCUACUUCAAAAUGUGGAAGGGUCUCUAUAACCACGUGGAGAAGUCGGUGCCUCCUCGCCAGUCGCCUGCCGACUACCUGUCGGCCGUGAGAGAGGAGUCCCAGCAGCUGGAGGAGGAGCUGACCAAUCACCAGGAGAGGAUAGCGGCUCUGACCGGUCGUCCAAUCACGUGGGAGAAGUCGUGGGUUCCGAGGAGGAGGACUAAUUGGCUGCAGCAGCGUCACAGCGGGCCGGACCCGCCCACCACCCACAUGGAGCUAAUCACCGGCUGUGGCCACGCCCCCUAUUCCUCCCCGUCAGCCACUCAGAAGACCCGGAGCACAGGCCCCGCCCCCAACCCACCUCCAGACCCCGACAGCGACCCGGAGUCGGGCGUGGCCGACCUCAGCAGCCGGUCGUCCAGUGACGGGAAGGAGGCGGAGCUAGAGUGAGACUGGGAGGCUGCUGAUUGGUCGAUUCAUCCUCAGUUCUCUCACCUGUAAUUAUUCUGUUUCCUAACGAACUCGCUGCUCGAACAGAAGAGCUGCUCUGUCUUUGAUUUAACUCCACAGUUUAGUUUUUUAGUUCAAUGAAAGAAAAAUGUAACAUUCUGAUGCUGUGGAGCUCGAGCUCCAUGAUAACUGAUGCUUCACAGCUAGAUCUCCAUGGUAACUGUUGCUAUGGAGCUAGAUCUCCAUGGUAACUGUUACUAUGGAGCUAGAUCUCCAUGGUAACUGAUGCUUCACAGCUAGGUCUCCAUGGUAACUGAUGCUUCACAGCUAAGUCUCCAUGGUAACUGUUACUAUGGGUGGUAGAUCUCCAUGGUAAGUGAUGCUACAAAGCUAGGUCUCCAUGGUAACUGUUGCUACGGAGCUAGAUCUCCAUGGUAACUGAUGCUACGGACCUCGGUUUCUGUGGUAACUUAUGCUACGGAGCUCGGUUUCCAUGGUAACUGAUGCUACGGAGCUAGAUCUCCAUGGUAACUGGUCUCAGCUGAGGGAAAAUGCUGCCUUUUCUUUAGUUUCUGGAGUUAAAUUAAAAACAGGACGAAGCCGUCACUGGUUGGAGGAGAACGAAUCAUCACAACGUUUCUUCAACAAACACCUGAAGUGACUCGUUUUACGAUUUUAUUUUAGAUGAUUCGCCGAGCGGCUAAUUAUCUUAGCGUCCAGUCUGAUGGACUCCAUGUUCAUUCUACUGUCAGAAAACAUGGCUAGAAGCUGAUUUAAAGUCGCUUCUCUGGGAAACGAUCAGAUUUAAUCAUGUGGUGGCAGUAAAAAGAUCCAUGUUUCUGCCGUUAGCGCUUCAUAUUCUACACAGAAACCCGCUGAGUUUCACCACCUGAACCCUGGUGGGUGAAUUUAGCUCCAGGUUUAGUCCUGAAGAAACGUUCUGUCUGCGUUGACAACAACGUUUCUGAAGAUAAUCCUCCAGUCAGACCAGAAACAGCAGCUGAGUUUGGAGGUUUAACGGCAGAAAAAUCCCUUUUUUACUCGUUUCUGUUUAGUUUUUAGCUGAAAAAGUGAAACCAUUGAGGGAGAACAGAUCUACAGUCUGAACAAAAAAUGUGAACAAAUCUAAAAGUUUACCACGACGGCCGCAGAAAAGGUCGAUUUAUGUGCAAUUAUUUUUAUUUUGAAGCCAUUUAUUGUUGUUGUUUUUUAACUGAUGCUGUGGAGCUAGGUCGCCAUGGUAACCGAGGCUUCACAGUUACAUCCUUUGUGAGUUUCUUUUGUCAUUUUAUGUGCAGUUCUUUUUAUUUUAAAACCAUUUAUUAUUAUUGUUGUUGUUGUUUUUUUCUUGCUGAUGUCAGUAGAAUCCAGUCGGGUGACGUUUAGUUUCUCUUCCAGCUGAUCUCUGACUCUACAUUCCCACGUUUGAGCAGCAGCAGCACAUUUUUGGGGUUUUAUUCUGAUAAAUCUGUGAGUCGGCUCCUUAUUGGAACCCUUGUUGUAUUUAAAGGCGUUGCUUCUCCUCUGUAGAUCUACUGUAGCUGUAGUGUGUCUGUGCAGAAUGUGUGUCCUGUAUCCUCCAUGUAAACAAUCAAUCAAUAAACUCACCGUUAAAGGGACCAAA